AUGGCGAUCCACGCGGAGCGGAGAGAAAAAGGAACGCUUUGGAAUUAUAUUGCUAAUCUCUUGAACCACAAUUACAAACUCCUUGACCUGAUGGCCGUCACAGAUAUGCUGAUGGGCUGCCGCUGUCUGCACUGUUUGGCAAUCUUAACAGUCUCUUGUGCAUCCACUGUCAAAGGAAGAAUCUACCCAGUAGUCAUCUCAAAGAGAAACAGUGACUUCAUCAAAAGCCACUGCAUUGUGACAGAGUUGACCUUCCUCAAUGGGAAUCAGCAACCCAAGGAGAAACUAUGUGGUAGCAGAGUAAAGAGUCCAAGUCCAGGAAAGUCUCUCAGCCCCGUGCUGAUGUGCAAGGUGUGUGGAGACACAAGCAGUGGGAAACACUAUGGUAUCUACGCUUGCAAUGGUUGCAGUGGAUUCUUCAAGAGGAGCGUGAGAAGGAAGCUCAUCUACAGUUUCAGAUGCCAGGCUGGUACGGGGAUGUGUCCUGUGGACAAAGCCCAUCGGAAUCAGUGUCAAGCUUGCAGACUGAAGAAGUGUUUGCAGGCUGGCAUGAACAAAGAUGCUGUGCAGAAUGAACGGCAGCCCAGAAGCACUGCCCAGGUACGGGUGGACACGGCCGAACUAGACCCUGACAAGGAGAACAUUGCCACAACCAGGGAGACAACCUCGUCGUCUGCUAGCACCCACAGGCCGAUCUGCUCUAACAUCAGCGCCAGCCAAAGGCCCACCAGCCCACAAAACAACCACAGGUUCAUGGCUAGCCUGAUGACUGCGGAGACCUGCGCCAAGCUUGAGCCCGAGGAUGUGGAUGAGAACAUUGACGUGAUGAGUAAUGAGCCUGAGAGGACAUCCACUGAGUACCAGAUGUCCACCUACCCGCCCAGCAGCUCCGAAAGUGUGUAUGAAGCUUCCGCCAGGUUGCUCUUCAUGGCAGUGAAAUGGGCAAAGAAUCUCCCAGUGUUCUCCAACCUACCCUUCCGAGACCAGGUAAUCUUGUUGGAGGAAGCGUGGAAUGAACUCUUCCUGCUCUGUGCCAUCCAGUGGUCCAUGCCGCUGGAUGGCUGCCCAUUGUUAUCCUUACCCGAACUCUCGCACAGCCCUCAAGGAAAGAGCAGCUCUACCAUGGCAGAUGUCCGCAUUCUGCAGGAGACCAUAAGCCGCUUCAAGGCCCUUGUUGUGGACCCCACAGAGUUUGCCUGCCUGAAGGCUGUGGUGCUGUUUAAACCAGAAACACGAGGGCUGAAGGACCCUGAGCAGGUUGAGAAUCUGCAGGAUCAGUCGCAAGUGAUGUUGGGUCAGCACAGUAGGACGCACUACCCAACUCAGCCAGUCAGAUUUGGAAAGUUACUUCUGCUGCUGCCGUCACUCCGCUUUGUCUCAGCAGAACGAAUCGAACUUUUGUUCUUUCACAGGACCAUCGGAAACACUCCCAUGGAAAAACUUCUUUGUGACAUGUUUAAGAGCUGAAAUUCCUAAGUAGCCAUCUUUGGAUUGCCCUGUGUAUUGUUUCAUCCAAUUUGCUGU